GAGCUAUCCUGGUUUUCUCCAAGUACCAGGCUUGCCAGGAAGACUGCAGGAAGGAGCUGGCUACCUCCUGCUAUCCACACCUGAGCAGAAGCUGAACCCAGCUUGCAAACAAGGUCCCUAGAGAGGCUAUUUCCUGACCAGCCCUAUCCCCUCCGACACCAUGUGACACUGAGGAGCCAGCCGGCUGACGCGGAGUCUGAGCGCCUGCCUGCAGCCCGGCAGCUCCGGCAGCAGCUGGAGCCUCCGCCUGGCCAGGAAUUUCCUGGCUAGUUUCUCCAAGACCCGGGGUGGAGCAGGGAGAAGCAGAACGGGGUGUCCGGAGAGAGAAAACGCAACACAGACUUCUGCAGACAUCAGCCAUGACGUCCCUGAGCGUGCACACAGAUUCUCCCAGCACCCAGGGAGAAAUGGCUUUCAACCUGACCAUCCUGUCCCUCACAGAGCUCCUCAGCCUGGGCGGGCUGCUGGGCAAUGGAGUGGCCCUCUGGCUGCUCAACCAAAAUGUCUACAGGAACCCCUUCUCCAUCUAUCUCUUGGAUGUGGCCUGCGCCGACCUCAUCUUCCUCUGCUGCCACAUGGUGGCCAUCAUCCCUGAGCUGCUGCAGGACCAGCUGAACUUCCCUGAAUUUGUACAUAUCAGCCUGACCAUGCUGCGGUUCUUCUGCUACAUUGUGGGCCUGAGCCUCCUGGCGGCCAUCAGCACGGAGCAGUGCCUGGCCACUCUCUUCCCUGCCUGGUACCUGUGCCGCCGCCCACGCUACCUGACCACCUGUGUGUGUGCGCUCAUCUGGGUGCUCUGCCUGCUACUGGACCUGCUGCUGAGCGGCGCCUGCACCCAGUUCUUUGGAGCACCCAGCUACCACCUGUGUGACAUGCUGUGGCUGGUGGUGGCAGUUCUCCUGGCUGCCCUGUGCUGCACCAUGUGUGUGACCAGCCUGCUCCUGCUGCUGCGGGUGGAGCGUGGUCCAGAGAGACACCAGCCUCGGGGCUUCCCCACCCUGGUCCUGCUGGCCGUCCUGCUCUUCCUCUUCUGCGGCCUGCCCUUUGGCAUCUUCUGGCUGUCCAAGAACCUGUCCUGGCACAUCCCCCUCUACUUCUAUCAUUUCAGCUUCUUCAUGGCCAGUGUGCACAGUGCAGCCAAGCCUGCCAUCUACUUUUUCUUGGGCAGCACACCUGGCCAGAGGUUUCGGGAACCCCUCCGGCUGGUGCUCCAGCGGGCACUUGGAGAUGAGGCUGAGCUGGGAGCUGGGAGAGAGGCUUCCCAAGGGGGACUUGUGGACAUGACUGUCUAAGCACAGUGGGUCACAACUGCAGCUUCAGCCCAUGGGGGUCCAGGGGAGCUGCCUGAUGUAGGUAAAGCUGGGAUCAGAGCUCCAUCAGUAAGACUCUUGAGGGACAUCUUUGCUGAUGACCCAGUGCUGUGUCCCCUGGGAGGAUUCUGGGAAGGGGCAAGCAGAGAGUGAUGCUUCUGUGGAGGGCCUGGGGUUGUGUGUGUUAGGCAGAGCUCCUGGACCACCUCAUAACAGCUGCUUCCAUGGACACCCUCCCUCCCCACAUGGCUACAGUGAGGGGACAGAGCAGGCAUGAGACAAGCUAGUCCUGGUGGGGGGCAACUGUUCUUCUACCACUAGCAUCCUCCUAGCUAGAGUGUGCAGUGACUUUUCUCGGUGCCCAAUGCUCCUUCCUUUAGUGAGGGAUAAAUGACACUGAAACUGGACAUUCAGUUAGGUAUGGGGAAAUAAGUGGCUUGGAAGUUCUCAGCGGCUGAACUUGGAAGUCCUAAGUGGCAGAAGGCAUCCUCCUGACCUCACAUCACUGCCAGAAGGCAAUGCUGGCACAGGCCUGUCAUCCCAGCUACUUGAGAGACUGGGGCAGGAUUGUAGCCCCAGACUGGGAUUUAUCUGUAACUCUAGUUCCAGGGGAUCUGUCUCCGUCUUUUGGCUUCUGCAGACACUGCAUGCAUGUGGUACACAUACAUACAUACAUACAUACAUACAUACAUGCAUGCAUGCAUGCAUGCAUACAUACAUACAUACAUGUGUGUGACUCCAAAUACGCGCACGCGCACACGCGCGCGCGCGCACACACACACACACACACACACACACCACACACACACACACACACACACACACACACACCACACACACACACACACACACACACACACACACACACAGAGAGAGAGAGAGAGAGAGAGAGAGAGAGAGAGAAUAGAAUUCAAGGUCAGAUUAUGCUUUAGAGGACUCAUCAUCUCAGGAAACCAAGCCCAGAGGGAACUGUGUUGAGGAGAGAGACCACUGGAGGAUAUAAACCUCAUCCAAUGUUUCAGAAAAACUGGUGGCUCCUGAGUCUGAAUUUCAAAGUGAGGUCCUCUGCAUGGGCAGCAAGCCCCCUCCUGUCGCUGUCCAUAUCCAAAGCACCUCUACCUAGCAGGAGAGAGCCCAGGGCUUCAGCACCAGGACAGUUCCUACCUUAUCCUCUUUUCGGGAUAGGACCUACCCACCUAGCAGGGGUUCUCUGAGGAAGCAGCCUGGUUGCAGGCCACCACAGGUGCCUGAGCUCCUGCCUAGCCAGGAGCACAGAAAUGAAGGGGACCACCCCCCAAUCCAGUCACAGGUGGCCGAGAACCAGGGCUUGGGAGCCCACCAGUCCUGAAAGGACUUACCAUCAUCCAUGUAUCAUAGUCCUAACUCAGCCCUUACCUUUCUACUUCCUCACUGAAUAGUCAAUUGAUUACACAUACGCACAGUGUUGUUGUGUCCAGCAAGUCCCAAGAGGAUUUUAUUACAUCAUCAACCCUCCAGAUCCACAUUCGUGACAUGCUGGUCUCCUUUGACAUCUGUGUGGGUGUAAUACUGACUUGGACCAGGCCCACAGAUGGAGGGACAUUUGAUCUCUGUCAUGACUAAACUUGCUCCUAAGUCUGGACACGGACAGAAGAACCCUGCCUGGCAUCCCGGAAUUGGCAACUCACUGCCCCCACCCCACGCAGGUUGUGUUGGGAUGCAUCCUGUGGUAUGGUGCCUUCAUCUCAAAUUCUCUGGCAAGUCUAUCUACAUGCAGGGACCCCAGGAAGCUAGGAGCUUGGGAGUGCUGGUCUUCCUCUUCCAAAGGAGUUCUUUGUAUCCCCCACAAAGGCCUUCCCUCCUCCACACUGGAGCUUAGGAGCCGAUGUGGCUAUCUGUCUGCCUCCAGGACAGGAUUCCCAACUUCAGUUCCUCAGCUUGGGGAACUGAGAGCACGAAGGGAAGUAGCCUGUCCACAAGUCCAAUUUUGGCCUCUGGACACCCACUUCUUCAUGGGGGAAAGCCCAUGCCAGCCUUACAGGUGUCUCCCCAACUGGGCACUAGCCCAGAGUCUUUGAGGCUCAGAGAAGCCCGUGUCUGCUCGAGACAACCCGGGACAUGGCACAGACCUUCUACUCCUCUCCUAGCUAGCUUCAGCUGUUGACAGGGCAUAGUCCAGAGUUAUCUGAGGGAGUCUCAGCUAGGGAACUGUUUGGGUCAGGUUGGCCUGUGUGCACUGUCCUGACUGCUAAUACAUGUGGGAGAGCUCACUCCACUGUGAGCAGAACCACCCGUAGGCAAAUGGACCUGAGCUAUAUAAAAAGCUAGCUAAGCAUCAGCCCAGGGGCAAGUCAGUAGGUGGCUUUCCUCCUUGCUUCCUGCCUUUACUCCUGCUUGAGUUUCUGCCCUGACUGCCCUCAGUGAUGGACGGUGACCUGGAAGUGUAAGCCAAAUAAAGCUUUUCCUCCUCAA